AUGCCAGCUGGAAUCAUUCUUGCAACAGCUAGCUAUGAUCAUACUAUCAAGUUUUGGGACCCUCCAAGUGGAGGUUGCUACAGGUCAAUAGACUGUGGAGACUUUCAUAUAAACAGAUUGGAGAUCACUGCAGAUAAACAUUAUAUAGCGGCAGCGGGUUAUCCCCAGACAAGACUAUUCGAAGUCAACUCAAACAACAACAACCCUGUCACAAGUUUCGAUGGACACAAGGUCAAUGUAACAAGUGUUGGAUUCCAGAAGGAGGGCAAAUGGAUGUAUACAAGCUCAGAGGAUGGAACUGUAAAGAUAUGGGAUAUAAAGGCACCUGGAUGUCAACGCGACUAUGAGUGCAACGCCCCUGUAAACUGUGUUGUACUACAUCCUAAUCAAGCUGAACUAAUCUCUGGCGAUCAAAGUGGAAGUAUUAGAGUAUGGGACUUGAUAUCAAACUCUUGCAGUAGAGAGUUGGUUCCAGAUGGAGAGAAUGGUAUCACAUCAUUGUCGAUAUCAAGUGAUGGAUCAAUGGUCGUGGCAUCAAACACCAAGGGCAAAUGCUUUGUCUGGCGAUUGGGCGAGGACGACACCUCCCGCUUCGAUCCAUUGACCAAGAUUGAGGCUCACAACGCUCCAAUCCUCAAGUGUCUAUUCAGUCCAGAUACCAAACUACUGGCAACAGCAUCAGCUGAUCAUACAGUCAAGAUAUGGAACACAAAGAAGUUCAAUGUGAUACAGACACUGACAGGACAUGCGCGAUGGGUAUGGGACUGCGCCUUCUCCAAUGAUUCAGCAUAUCUGGUCACUGGCAGCAGCGACACCUUUGCCAAGCUCUGGGAGCUACACCAGGGCGAGCCUGUCAAGACGUACUCUGGCCAUACCAAAGCUGUCAAUGCUGUGGCUCUUAACGACCUACCUCGUUGA